CUCAUCUGCUAUGUCGGGGAGAGGGAAGGGCGGGAAAGGCUUGGGCAAGGGUGGCGCUAAGCGCCACCGCAAAGUUUUGAGAGAUAACAUCCAAGGCAUCACCAAGCCCGCCAUUCGGCGCCUUGCUCGGCGCGGGGGAGUCAAGCGCAUCUCCGGCCUCAUUUACGAAGAGACCCGAGGUGUGUUGAAGGUGUUCCUGGAGAAUGUCAUUCGGGACGCGGUCACCUACACGGAGCACGCCAAGCGCAAGACGGUCACUGCCAUGGACGUGGUGUACGCGCUCAAACGGCAGGGACGUACCCUGUAUGGCUUCGGAGGCUAAGCUGCAGCUUCUGUGCUACGUGACAAUCUCAAAGGCCCUUUUUAGGGCCAACCACACA